GGCUUAUACAAUUUAGUUCUGAGAAAAGCUUAUGCGGCAUUUGUUUGCAGAAGCUACUUGUUUUGAUAUUGUGUCUAAUGCAAUGAUAUUGAGACAUGUACAUAUUUAAGUGUGUCUUAGAGUGCACGAAAAAUUUAAAUUCUGUUAUUACUUUUUCACCCUCAUGUUGUUCCAAACCUUCUUUUGAUCACAAACGAUGAUAUUUAUAAUUUAUAUAUUUUUUCAACAACAUUGACUCCACUGACUUUUAGUAUAUGCACAAAGACUGUCAUAAUGGUUUGAAAUGACAUGAAGUGAGUAAAUAGCUGAUUUUUGGGUGAACUAUUCCUGAUUUGACCAUAUAUUUUUGGGGGCUGCUAUUUAAGAAAUUAAUGAAGAAAUGAGUCUAAUGUAGGUUUUGCUUACCUUAAUUAGGCUUAAAAAGAAUGGACCUCCACACUCCUCGUACAGGUGGACCCCUGAUGACUGUGGAGCUGAAAAAUAAUAUCAUUGUUCACUGGAGGCCACAUGGUGUUCCUUUGCGAUUUAGUAAAAUGCUCAUUACAGACCUGCAUUAUAUCGCCAAUGAUAUUGAUGAAAUAGCUGGUGGUCCUCAUGCAGUUGUUGUCUUCACGAUCUUUGCCCACCUGGUGUUUCACCCAGUAACAUUUUACAUUCAUGAAGUUGCCAAAAUCCGUCAGUCUGUUGUAGCGCUGCUGAGUCGUGCACCACAGACCACCGUCGUCAUCAAGUCUGGAAACACUGCAGGAGUAAAGGAGGUGUUUGCAGGCAGGCCCGAGGCAUGGCAACGAGAUGCAGUGUCUCAUUCCCUCUCAGGGAUCCAUGGUUACACUCAUAACCCAAGACCUCGCUCUGUAUCUGCUGAUGCUACGGGGAACAGAUACCCACUCCACCAUACUGAGGGGAAUGUCUGCCAGAUGAGCAAAGCACUUCCACAAUGGGCACAGCAUAAGACUCAACAGAUUUAACUGGCAAAGUCAAUAAAUUCCCCUACAGGCGUCAUCACCUUCUUUGUCUGAAGGAGAUGCUUGCAGGCAGGCCUGAAGCAUUGCAAAUAAAUGCACUCUCUCAUUGCCUUUUUCAGGGAGCCAUGGUUAUGCUCCUAACCAGAAACAUUGCACUGCUGACACUUUGGGGAAUGUCUGCCACAUCAGCCAAGCACUGUCGCAGGUGCCAUAUAACAAGAAGAGAUGCAACCUUUUGAGGCAAAGUCACAUCUCGUUGGGUUCUUAAAGAUCAGACAAAGAGGAAAGGAGGAGAGAUGUUAUUUCUCCUCAAUGAUUUGAAAUCAAUCAAACUGCUUUAUCUGAAUCACUUCCCUUAUAUCUUGCUUAGCUCUCUGACACGCAUCUUCUGCACCCUACACUUUGGAGGGGCAGGUGAGGCAAUGCUCACCUUCUGGCCCAGGCCCUCAUUAUGGUCACUAUGCCCCAUUUGCAGCUACAUAGCACCAUACAGCUAACUUUGAUGCACUGUGUGGUCUGACACCUUUCGAUAAUGACCAGCAUUGUCUUUGAGCGAUUUGAGCUGCAGAAGCUCUUCUUUGUGACUGGACCAGAUGGAGUAGCCUUUACUCCCCAGUGCAUCAGUGAUCCUUGGAUGCCCAUGAUGUCAGUUCACUGGUUGUCCUUUCUUGAGCUACUUUUGACAGGUACUGAGCCUUGCAUACCACAAACUACACACAAGACGUGUUGGAGAUUCUCUGACUCAGUCGUCCAGUCAUCAGUAUUUGGCCACUAGUCACUCAGAUCUUUUCGCGUGACCAUUUUUCUUACUUCCAAAAAAUGAAAUUCGAGAACUGACUGUUCAGUUGAUGCCCAAUAUAUCCCACCCCUUGACGGGUACAAUUGUACCAAUAUAAUCAAUGUUAUUCACAUCCCUGUCAGUGGUUUUAAUGUUGUGGAUGAUCAGUGGAAUCUCCAGUAGCCACAGUAGCAAUAAACAACAGAGUUUAUGCAGUUUGUCCAAACCAACUUUGCUUAUUCCAGGUCUGACAGUAUCAUUUGUUACUGAUCUUUACAUCUGUAAAUAUGUUUUUUUUUUUUUCUGUCUCAACUGAUCUAUGUCUUUAUACUUUUUCAUAUUUUAGUGUAUGGAAGCUUGGAAGCACUGAAAGCUUCAUUUACUAGAAAAUGUCCUCGUAUGUGCAAGCAAUUCUGAUUUUGAUUUUGUGUUA